AUGCAAACGAAUAUUGCUCCACCCGGUUUAACUGACUCGGAUUUCCAAACUUUGAAAACCAGCGCUUUAAGGGCGCGUGAACUUUCGUACAGUCCGUAUUCCAAAUUUCGAGUUGGAUGCAGCAUAAUGACAGAAUCCAAAACAUGCUUUUUGGGUGCAAACGUUGAGAAUGCAAGCUAUGGUGCUGGUAUAUGUGCAGAGCGAACGGCCAUCGUCAAAGCCGUUACAAGUGGCCAUGCCAACGACUGGAUAUGUCUGGCAAUCAGCGGUGAUGCGUUUGACACCUGUAUUUCACCGUGUGGAAUCUGCAGACAAGCGAUUCGCGAGUUUGCAAGUCUCAAACUGCCAAUUGUGAUGCUCAACGGGGAUGGUUCCAAGUGCAUUGUCAGAACGCUCCAAGAGCUGUUACCAAUGAGUUUUGGGCCAGAGGACCUUGAAAAGCAGUAA